AUGGAACAACUGUCUGGAACGAACCUCCUGCCUCGCUUCUUGCUGAUUCGAUGGCUCUAUCUCAAAAGAUUUUCACAGAAAACCAUUAAUCAAUACCUAAAGCCAUCUACAACCAGCUUCAAGACACCUCCGCAGCCUUCUUGCACAAGAGCCAGGCAGCCAGCAUCAAAAUCCCUGCCGCCUUCUUGUAUCCCGAUCGGACACCAUGCCCGAUUCCGCCUUCACCCACGCGAUCAAACCGCCAUCUCCGAUCGGACCUGUCCCGUGCCAAAGUCACUUUUGGCUUCUUGCGUGCAAAAAACAGCGGCCAAGACACCUCCGGCUUCUCUGAUUCUUGCUCGUCCGCCUCCGAGCCGCACGAGUCCGCUUCAUUCCCAAAUCAUCAAAAAAGGCUUAGCCAGAGACACCAUAGCCAUUAGCAGACUCCUUUCCUUCACCACCACCUCUCCCUUCCCUGACCUCAACUAUGCAUUUCAUCUCUUCACCCACACUUAAAACCCCACUCUCUUCAUGCGGAACACUAUCAUUAGAGUCUUUUCCAAUUCUUCCAAUCCAAACCGUGUCAUAUCCAUCUUCCAACAAAUGCUCCUCUCGUCAACUCAGCCCAAUCAUCUCACCUUCCCUUCUCUCUUUAAAUCCUAUACGCAUCUUGGAUUAGCUAAUGAGGGAUCUCUACAUGCCAUGGUCAUCAAGCUUGGGCUCAAUUCUGAUCAAUACAUCCACAAUUCAAUCCUUGCAAUGUACGCAAGUUGCGGACAAGUCGCUGCCGCUUCUCAGUUAUUCAACAACUGCUUGAGCUUUGAUGUUGUGCCAUGGAAUGCUAUGAUACUGGGUUUUGCUAAAAUAGGUCUUAUAGAUUCUUCACGGUGCUUGUUUGAUGAAAUGCCUACAAGAACUGUGAUCACUUGGAGCUCCAUGAUCUCUGGCUAUGUUAGGAAUGAGAGAAGCCAUGAGGCUUUUGAUCUAUUUUACCAAAUGCAAAGUCGAGGACUAAAGCCUAAUGAACAUAUAAUGGUUAGCUUGUUAGGUGCUUGCUCUAACUCGGGAGCAUUGAAACAGGGGAAGUGGAUUCAUUCUUUCAUAAAAAAGAUGAAGAUUUCAAGCAAUCCAAUAGUGAUCACAGUUGGAAGUAUAGAUGAUGCUCUUGAAGUCUUCGAAAUUGCUUCUGUGAAAAGCUUGUCCUCAUGGAACUCAGUGAUUAUUGGCUUAGCCACUCAUAGCCGGGGAAAAGCGGCAAUUCAAUUAUUCACAAAGCUUCAGAAUUCCUCUGGUUUAAAGCCAGACAAUGUUAGCUUCAUCAGUGUUCUAACAUCUUGCGGCCAUUCAGGGAUGGUUGAAGAGGCAUUCAACUUUUUCAAAUUGAUGACCAAAGUGUAUAAAAUGGAGUCAUCAAUCGAGCAUUAUAGCUGCUUGGUUGAUGCUCUAGGCCGAGCAGGGCUAGUAAAAGAGGCCAAGGAUUUGAUACUGAGGAUGCCAAUAAAGCCUGAUUCUGUCAUUUGGGGUUCAUUGCUGUCAUCCUGCAGAGUUCAUGGAAAUCCAGAGAUUGGUAAUGAGGCCACGAAAAGGCUUCUCGAUUUGGAUCCUUGGGACAGUGGAGGUUAUGUCAUUUUAUCGAACACCUUUGCAAGGGUGAAAAAUUUCAGAGGUUCAGUUAAGGCAAGGGGGCUGAUGAGGGAGAUGGAGGUGAGAAAGGAGAGGGGUUGCAGUUCGAUUGAAAUGGAUGGUGAGGUGCAUGAGUUCCUAGCUUAUGGUGUGAUUCAUCAUAGGGCUGGAGAAAUCUACCAAAUGUUAGAUGGGCUGCUUAUGAAUAUGAGAGGAGAAUUCUCCUAGGUGUAGGUUUCGUUUGAGACGAUUUUUUAGUUGCUUUUUUAAACAAUUUUUUAGUACAAAAUAAAAUAAAAAAAUACUAAAAAGUUGCUUAGAAAGCAGUCCCAAACAAAGCCUUAAACAGA